AUGCUGCUUGCUGCUAUAUUUUAGAAUGGUUUUUACAUUUCCAAAAUAUACACAUUUAGAUGGCCUUGCACCGAGCCUAAAGAGAUUUGUCUCUGACACAAAGUCACUCAGACAGACACUUCACCUGCUCAUUACUCUGCAUAACUUUACUACAUGUACUUUGACCUCAAGAAACCCUCUGAGGCUUUCCACCCUUCUCCCCACCCCCAUCUCUCUCUCUUCAUAUUUUCUGAAGCGGUUGUUCACUUUCAUUUUUACUUGUAGCCAUGGCGCAGUCUAUAUCUUGGAGCAACUUGACCUGAAGCAUGCUGGAGCACAACUUGGAGCAUGGAUAGGAUCAACUCUACGCUCGAACAUGGACCUGACUUGGCUGGUAAAAGUGUCCAACAGGAGAGACCAGUGUCUCCAGUCAGCUGUGUGUCCAUGAAGAGUGAGCGGUCCAUGGGUGAACCUAAGAACUUCACAAAUGGACACCACCCUGACAGUAACAGUGUCCAACAGGAGAGACCAGUGUCUCCAGUCAGCUGUGUGUCCAUGAAGAGUGAGCGGUCCAUGGGUGAACCUAAGAACUUCACAAAUGGACACCACCCUGACAGUAACAGUGUCCAACAGGAGAGACCAGUGUCUCCAGUCAGCUGUGUGUCCAUGAAGAGUGAGCGGUCCAUGGGUGAACCUAAGAACUUCACAAAUGGACACCACCCUGACAGUAACAGAUUCACUGAGGAGAGGUCAGAGGUUCCCAGGUGUGACGGUGCAAAGCAUUCUCAAACAAACCAGGACUCAAUAUUUAUGCUUCCUCAGGAGAACAUUGUCACCUUUGUGAGGGAGGGGCUGAAGAUGUUUCAGAGGAUUUUGAGUCCCGAUUACCAGGAAUGCUCAGAGAGACAGGGUGAGGAGGAGUAUGAGGCACUUCUGAAGUUCACACUGGACUUCCUGAGGAGAAAGAAGCAGGAGGAGCUGGCUGACUGUCUGCAGAGCAGCUAAGUGGCUGUAAUCUGUCAGAGAGAAGCUGUAAAGCUCUGGCGUCAGUUCUCAGCUCCCAGUCGUCUUGUCUGAGAGAGCUGGACCUGAGUGACAACAACCUGCAGGAUUCAGGAGUGAAGCUGCUGGUGGCUGGAUUGGGGAGUCCACACUGUACUCUGGAAACUCUCAGGUUGUCAGGCUGUCUGAUCACAGAAGAAGGCUGUGCUUCUCUGGCCUCAGCUCUGAACGUCAACCCCUCCCAUCUGAGAGAACUGGACCUGAGCUACAAUCACCUCGGAGACUCAGGAGUGCAGCCUCUGACAGCUGGAUUGGAGAGUCCACACUGGAGACUUGACACUCUCAGAUUGUACCCUAAUGGCGUCCAGUGGUUGAAACGAGUUUUCAGGAAGUAUGCCCGUGACCUUAAACUCGACCCCAAUACAACAAACAGACAUCUCUUCCUUCUAGACAACAACACAAAGGUCAUGCCAUUAAUUGAUGAAGAGCAAUAUCCCGCUCAUCCAGAGAGAUACAUCACGUGGCCCCAGUUGCGAUGUAGAAACGGUCUGACUGGUCGCUGUUACUGGGAGGUUGAAUGGGAAAGAGAGGUCAAUAUCGCCGUGACUUACAAAGAUAAUGAUGACUGUUGGUUUGGAGGGAACGAGCGCUCCUGGAGUUUGUACUGCUGUCAAGGUGUUUACUCUGCUUUGCACAAUAAAAGCAGCACACCCAUAAAUCCUCCCCCGAACUAGUCCUCCAACAGAGUGGGAGUGUACCUGGACUGGGCUGCUGGCACUCUGUCCUUCUACAGUGUCUCAUCUGACAAAGUGAUCCACCUCCACACCUUCUACACCACGUUCACUGACGUUCUUUAUCCUGGGUUUGGGUUCCGCUUGGGGCCAGGCUCCUCUCUGUCUCUGUGUGCGCUGAAGGCACUGUCAAACAGAGAGUGAAGAAAGACAACUGCUGACAAGCUAAUUUAAACUGUGCAAAGUUGAAUUAUGUCUACGUUAAAAGCUAAUAACUUUACAUCAAUAACUACUGUUUAAAAGUUGCAAUGUAAAAGAACUGACUCGUGAUGAAGUCACAGAAAACUAUUAUUUGAGUAUCCCUCAGCUCUACAGAGCAUUUUUGUGACGUUAUAAUGCCCUAUUACGUGGAUUGUUCUGUUGUGCCUACCCCACACGAAGGAGCUGCAGUCCACCAGGAAUUAUCCACUGCCCUGUAUGAGCAAGCUGCAGUUGUCCAGGAAUUAUCCACUGCCCUGUUAAAACAAGCACAAGUAGCAGUCGUCCAGGAAUUAUCCACUGCCCUGUACAAACUAGCAGGAAUUAUCUACUGCCCUGUAUGAGCAAGCUGCAGUUGUCCAGGAAUUAUCCACUGCCCUGUGAAAACAAGCACAAGCAGCAGUCAUCCAGAAAUUAUCCACUGCCCUGUGUAAACAUGCACAAAUAACAGUCAUCCAGGAAUUAUCCACUGCCUGUUGUCAAAGAGCACAAGUAGCAGUUGUCCAGGAAUUAUCCACUGUCCUGUGCAAACUAGCAGGAAUUAUCACUGCCCUGUAUGAGCAUGCAGCAGUUGUCCAGGAAUUAUCCACUGCCCUCUAUAAACAAACACAAGUUAAACAUAUGUAACUUAUGUGGAUUGUUAUGUUGUGCCUACUCCACAUGAGAGGGUGCUGCAGUCAUCCAGGAAUUAUCCACUACACUCCAUAAACAAGAACAAGUAACAGUUGUCUGGAAAUUAUCCAUAACCCUCUAUAAAUAAGCACAAACUGCAGCUGUCCAGGAAUUAGCCACUGCCUUGUAUAAAUAAAGUAAAUUUGAUGUUAUCCAGAAAUUAUCCAUUGCCCUGUAUAAACACUGUGUAAAACUUGAAAACACUGUGAGCCUUGCCAGAGAAUGAACAAUCACCAAUGAACAGACUAAAAAAACAGUUUUUUAAACUCUUCUUUUUGGAAUAUUUCCAUUUUAUGUUUUUACGAUAUGCUUUUAUUCAUGUUGUCUCAUUGACUAUAUGCUAACAUUUGUAGUUCAAACUCUUUUAAUAAACAGUACUGUGAA